CGCCUGGAAAAUCACCUUGGGGGUCGCAUGCCGGUGUGUCCUUCGUCUAGCCGUCUGGGCUGUCGCCGGUAGCGUGGUAAGGCUGGCUCGCCGAUGUCCAGCCCUCUAGCCGUCUCCUCCGUUGCACUGUAGAAAGUGUUGAAGGCUUCAUCUGUCCGCAGCCUACCGUAGUGUUUUAUCAGGGCAUUGACAGAAGAAACGGCCUCUUGAACACUUAGGUCCUUCUUCUGCAACGUUUUGGAUGCUUCCUCCGCUGCAGAAAAAAGGCGAUGGCCGAAACGUACAGCAAACAAGAACUGGGACCCGGUGUCGCUUCUACCACAGAACUGGGACCCGGUGUCGCUUCCGCCACAGAACUGGGACCCGGUGUCGCUUCUGCCACAGAACUGGGACCCGGUGUCGCUUCUGCCACAGAACUGCGACCCGGUGUCGCUUCUGCCACAGAACUGCGACCCGGUGUCGCUUCUGCCACAGAACUGGGACCCGGUGUCGCUUCUGCCACAGAACUGGGACCCGGUGUCGCUUCUACCACAGAACUGGGACCCGGUGUCGCUUCUGCCACAGAACUGGGACCCGGUGUCGCUUCUACCACAGAACUGGGACCCGGUGUCGCUUCUACCACAGAACUGGGACCCGGUGUUGCUUCUUCUACAUUAAAUUGGCAAUAUGUGUCAUCAACUAUUUAGAAGUAUUGCCGUUUAACUUCUGUAUUAUGAAACCUUUUGUAUAUGCCCUAUU